AUGGCGAUCACUCACGGCUUCCCACAAUGCAGUCACGAACGGCUCAGCCCUAAGCCCCGCCCUAAUCACGAAACACUGCCACUAGUGCUUCACAAAAUGCUGUAUUUAGAGGACUAUUUGGAAAUGAUUGAGCACUUACCACAAGAACUCAGAGAUCGCUUUACAGAAAUGCGUGAAAUGGAUCUACAAGUUCAUAACGCGAUGGACAACUUAGAGGAACAGACCAAACAGUUCUUUAGUAACGCAAAGGUCAUGAAAACAGAGCAAAGAGACCUCGAAUACGACCGAAUAAAACAGGACUACUACAAGACCUUAGAGGACGCUGAAGAGAAGGUGCACUUAGCGAAUCAGAUCUACGAACUCGUGGACAAAUAUCUCCGACGAUUAGACCAAGAGUUGCAGAAAUUUAAGAUAGAAUUAGAGGCCGACAACUCAGGCAUCACUGAGGUCUUAGAGAGGAGUGAGUCCUGA